AUGUCCAGCAAUCCUCAGUGGAAAUUGUUCCAGCCGCCAGAUUCACAUGUAUCCCCCUUGCAAGAUAUUUUGGACCUCCAGCAUUCUAGUAUGCAAUCGAAACAGGUCUAUCGCAAUGGCACAUAUAGUAGUGAGUAUCCUAGCUCACCAAGAGGUAAUUUUCAAAAUAUGAACAAACCAGGUGGAGGAAAUAGAUUUACUAUGGGCAAUUACAAUUUAGACGUUUGUCCAAUGGGUGACUCCGUCGGUGUAUUCUCAUCUAGCUCCACAAAUAACCCAACUCAAUAUGAUUCAGUGAACCACCCGCCAAUUAGAGAAACUGGCAUCAUUGAGAAAUUACUUCAUUCCUAUGGCUUUAUACAAUGUUGUGAGAGACAGGCCCGUUUGUUCUUUCACUUCAGCCAAUUCAGUGGCAACAUUGAUCAUUUGAAGAUUGGUGAUCCAGUGGAAUUUGAGAUGACAUAUGAUAGACGAACUGGAAAACCAAUAGCCUCAACUGUUACAAAGAUUGCCCCUGAGGUGGUGUUAAGCGAGGCGCGUGUUACUGGUAUAGUGACAACAGAAGUGAAGGGAGAGGGCUCAGGUGAUAACACUGGUAGAAUAUCCUAUGAGAAUCGUGGUGAAUGUUUUUUCUUGCCGUACACAAAGGAUGAUGUUGAAGGAAAUGUCACAUUGAGAAGUGGUGACGCUGUUAGCUUUCAGAUUGCAACUAACCAAAGAGGCACACUUGGUGCUUGUCAUGUUCGUUUUGAAAACCCUGUGCAUCCUGUUAAGUACCAUGGGGUUGUGUGUUCCAAAAAAGAGAAUUUCGGAUUCAUCGAGCGCGCCGAUGUCGUUAAAGAAAUAUUUUUCCAUUACUCAGAAGCAAAAUUGAAGGAGGAAUUGUCUCUUGGGGAUGACGUUGAAUUUAUUAUUCAAACAAGAAAUGGAAAAGAAGUUGCAUGCAAUAUAACAAAACUGCCAAGUGGUUCAGUCGUGUUUGAAGACAUUAACCCAGAGAUCAUGCGGGGCCAAGUUCUGAAGCCUCUAGAACGUGGUAACAUGAUGCGUGUACCACAAAACGAUCCUCUACCCGGGAGGAUAAAGUAUCGCGCAGCAGAUCAUUCAGAAGUUGAGGUGCCUUUCGGUGACAAAGAUCAGUGUGGAGAGUUCACACUUCGCCAUGGCGAUUGGGUCCAAUUUCAAGUAGCUACUGACCGACGGGACCAGUUGAAACGCGCAACCAAUAUCUCUCUUCUGGACGAGUCUUUUAAUGUCUCUGGUGAAAGGAGAGAGCAGGGUAUCGUAUGUUCCUUGAGAGAGGGCUUUGGCUUCAUCCGCUGUGUAGAACGUGACCAGACCAUGUUCUUCCAUUUUGCUGAAGUCUUGCGUCUUGGUCAAGAGCUUAGUGUUGGUGAUGAGGUGGAGUUCACGGUUGACCCAGUAACAACAUUUUCAAACAUGGCGGGUGUUCGCCAGUCAGCGAUCCGUAUUAAACACCUGCCCCAAGGCACCGUGCAGUUUGAAACACUGGUCGAGAAGGGUAUUCGCGGUGUCGUCACUAAAGAAGCGCCAUCGUUCUCGUCUUCUGGUAGCCCUACACGCAAUGGGACUUCGGAAAAUGGAGUCAUUACUUGCCAAAUCAACAAUGUCAAAAAGAAUAUACCAUUUUCGGCGAAGAAGUGUGAGUCGAAAAUGUUGCCGCGCGUCGGCGACAAAGUAACGUUCGACAUUUACCAGUCAAAGAGGACCAAAGAUCUAAUAGCGAUGUCUGUGCAAGUACAACACAGUUUGACAAACGGAAGCUCAUCUAAUGGCAACGCUCGUCCAAUAAUGCAAGGAUUUAUCGCGGCUCUUAAGGACGGAUUCGGCUUCAUAGAGACAUCAGAUCAUUCGAAGGAAAUUUUCUUUCAUUUCAGUAACCUCGAGCGCAGUCCCGAUGGCCUCGAACUCGGCACAGAAGUGGAGUAUUCGCUGGGCAGGGCCAGCAGUUCGGGUGGUGGAUGCGCUAGCGCAGAGUUCGUGCGCGUAUUGCCUCGCGGUACAAUUCCUAUCGCGAGGUCGUUGGACGCGACCCUCAAUGGCACGGUGACGCGUACACUGCGCGCCCUCAAUCCAGACCAAGCUCAGUAUUCGGGUCUGAUCCAAGUGGAAAACGGAAUAUCCUUUGAGUUCGGCAUAAUGGGCUUGGCUAGCAAACGGGAGAUCCUUCAAGUUGGCGAUCCGGUUACCUUUCAGGCGGACAUGGAGGGCCGAGCGACUAACAUAGUGCCCGUUAGGAAGAAACGACGCGCUGUCGUUGACGCUAUUAAGGGUGGUUUUGGUUUUCUAUCGGUGGAGGGCGAUGACAACCGUCGCCUGUUCUUCCACAUGUCGGAGGUCCGCGGCAACCACGCGGAGUUGCAGCCGGGCGAUUUUGUUGAGUUUGUGAUGCUGACGAACCCGAGGAACGGCAAGUCGUCCGCUUGCAAUGUCGUCAAGACCGGGAGCAAGGGUGCAGUAAGCAAAGCCCGCCCCGAGCGGUUGCUAGCUCGCCUCCGCACUAUGUCGCUUGAGGACGCGUCGUCGCCUCGCGUGAUCGUUGCGCGGAUGCCCCGGGGCCCUGAUGGAACGCGAGGGUUUCGCCCCAGGCGCCCGUUCAACGAUCAACUACCUGAGUGA